AAAAAACCAAGGGAAACUUGAAUUUUAACUGUACCAAGUAUAAAACUGAAAAUUCAGUAGGCAAUCGUAUUAAGAGGACUCGACGUUUGACACUACCAUCUUUUGUAUUUGCUCUUUGCUAAAAUUCAUAAGAGUAACAAUCUUUUUCCACCGGAAAAUGUCAACUAAACAACUCUACCAGAAAAUUCAUCAACGUUUAUGCAGUUUUCAACCCAUAUAUCUACUACCAAACAAAAUCACACCUCCCUUUCAUCACCAAAUACACACAAAAUCCAACAACUUUGAUGAUAGCUCUGCAUUAAAAGUACAAACCCUUCUCAAGACUGAAUCACACAAACCAUUAAAUGACAUAUUUCAAUCCCUCAAUCAAUGCAACUUUACAUUAUCUGAAGAUUUCAUUCUUGAUGUACUUAAACGACACCGUUCUGAUUGGAAACCAGCUUUUACAUUCUUUAAAUGGGUAUUAACAAAUGGGAAUUCACCCAAAACUGAAUCUUUCAAUGAAAUUGUUGAAAAUACAAGUACCCAUUCACCAAAAACUGGAUCUUUUAAUGAAAUACUCGAUAUUCUUGGACGAAUGCGGCGUUUUCAAGAACUCAACGAGGUGCUCGACGAAAUGUCUGAGAGAGGAAAAAAUUUGGUUAAUGAAAGAACAUAUGGCAUUGUGAUUAAUAGAUAUUGUGGAGCCCAUAGAGUUGAAGAUGCUAUAGAGUUUUUCUAUAAGAGGAAAGUUUUGGGUUUGGAGCUUGAUCUUAUUGCUUUUCAAACGCUACUCGUGUGUUUAUGUAGGUUCAAGCAUGUUGAGGCAGCUGAGUUUUUGUUCCAUAAUAAGAAAAAUGAGUUUAAGGAUUGUAUUAAGACAAGGAAUAUUAUUUUGAAUGGAUGGUGUGUUUUAGGGAGUUUACGCGAGGCGAAGAGGUUUUGGAAUGAUAUUGUGACUUCAAAGUUAAAGCCGGAUAAAUUUACUUAUGGGAUAUUUAUCAAUUCACUAUGCAAAUCAGGGAAAAUAAGCACGGCGGUGAAGUUGUUUCAGACAAUGUGGGAAAAAGGGUGUAAGCCUGAUGUUGCUAUUUGCAAUUGUAUUAUCGAUGGAUUGUGUUUCAAGAAGAGAAUUCCUGAAGCCCUUGAGAUUUUCCGUGAAAUGAAUGAGAGAGAUUGUUUACCCGAUGUUGCCACUUAUAAUUCGCUGAUUAAGAAUUUAUGCAAGAUUAGGAGGAUGGAGAAAGUUUAUGAGCUUUUAGACGAGAUGGAAACGAAGGGAGAGAGUUGUUUGCCUAAUGCUAGAACUUAUGGUUACUUGUUGAAUUCCGCCAAGUCGCCUGAGGAAGCUAUUGGGAUUCUGGAAAGGAUGAAUAAAAAUGAGUGUAAGAUGACCGGAGAUAUCUACAAUUUGUUGUUAAGGUUGUUUAUGAGCUGGGAUAAUCAAGGUAAAGUAAAGAGUACGUGGGAUGAGAUGGAGAGGAGCGGGCUAGGACCCGACCAACGAUCCUAUACGAUUAUGAUUCAUGGUCUUUUUGAAGGGGGAAGAUUAGAGGAUGCUUUGUUGUAUUUUAAUGAGAUGAUAUCAAAGAGUAUGGUACCUGAGCCAAGGACAAGAUUGUUGGUGGAUGCCAUGAACAUCAAGUUAAAGGAGAAAGGGAAGGAAUCGAAGAAGGUGGAAGUAAUGAAAAAGGGAAGGAAGGAUAAGAAUACUAGGUAAUACAUGCUCAGCUAAUUUUUUUUAAUUGACAUGCUAUUUAUUUACUGUAGAACCAUGGAAAAAAGGGUUUCUCCGGAAUGUUGGCAAACCAAAGUCUGUCGGGUGAUUUAUUAAGUUUGAGCUAACGGAAUUAUCUUAUGAUAAAAAUCAUGGGAUGGCCAUGAGGAAUUUGGAGCGAAGUUUUGGCGUGUAACAAGUUCCCUACAUUCUUAUGCUGAUAUAUGUAGAAACAAACUUGGGAGACAUGAAAGCUUGAUAACAUCUAUUCCUCUUGUCAUGUCAUUUCUUAAAGCAAUGCACUUGUACAUAUUGGCCUUUACUUUGCAGUGUGUAUUUAUUGAGAAAACUGCUCUCCAAUUUUACCCCCCACUUUGUAGAAUGGUCGAUGUGGUCUUCACGCCUCAAGUAGUAUGACGAUUACAAUCACUGAGUUGCAGAGCUGGUAAUUCAAUGGGGGUUUGGUAAACAAUGCGCCCCGUGGUAUACAAUUUCGUCCAUUCUAUCCUUGAUAUGGUGGAAAUGAAAAAGAAAAAAAGAGAA